AGCAAAGAGGAAGGAAAAGAGCUGAAGACAGAGAAAGGGGGCAAGAGGAGAGCUAGAGGAAAGAUAGAGAGAAACUGUGUGUACUGUAAACGCAUACAAUAUGUCCUACACAUUCACAGACAGAGUUGGACAUUACAGACCCAUUUGAACAUUUCUGUGGGCAUUCAAAUAUGCAGUGUUCAUUUACAAGUUUUUUCCCCCCCUACAGAGGAACCUUCACACUGGGACACAAGGCACCCCCACAUUUCUAGUGAAAACGCGGGAGCCACGUUUGUACAAAGCAGCUGGGGGCGUCGACAGACUAUUUUUACCGGGGCUUCCUUCACCCCUGAGGUAACUUCAGCUCAAACCGGGGGAGCCAAGAGUUGUUUAUCUUAUCUACUAUAUGUUAUUUAGCUCGGUUCUCUAGGCUCACAUCUGGCCCAGUCAGACUAAGCCCCAGGUUAAUAGGCAUAUAGGCUAUUCCAAAGCUGCACAGAACAGAAGGGAUUUAAAAAUGAAGGAAGAAAAUGGAGACAAACCUAUGGCACUGCAAGAAGAACAUGGACACAGGGUGACUCCAAGCACAUCACUGAUUUUGACGGCCUGUGCGACAUGCAUCGGCGGGGCAUUUCAGUCUGGAUAUAACAUAUCAAUUGUAAAUGCACCCACCACGUAUGUGGCGACAUUUAUCAACCAAACAUGGACGGAGAGAUACGAGUCUGCCAUAUCAGAGGAGCUGCUGACCCUCUUCUGGUCCAUUAUUGUGUCCAUCUUCACUCUCGGGGGACUGGUGGGCUCUUGGGUUGGAGGGACACUGGCCAUCAAGUAUGGGAGGAAAGGUGCCCUACUACUCAACAACAUCUUUGCUUUGCUCGCAGCGUUUUUCUUUGGACUAAGUUAUUUUUGUCGUGUUUUUGAAAUGCUUAUAGUCGCCCGGUUUCUCAGCGGCAUAAAUGGAGGUGUGGCGAUGUGCGUCCAGUUCCUUUACCUGUCUGAAAUUGCUCCCAGGCCAUUACGAGGAGCCUUGGCCAUGACGGCUUCCAUAUCCCUCACGCUGGGCAUUUUCAUUGCACAGGUAGUCGGACUGAAAGAGCUAUUGGGCAGAGAGGAGUGGUGGGCCCUGUUGUUGGCGACCACGGGCGUCCCUGCAAUACUACAGCUCCUCACCCUACCCUGGUGCCCUGAGAGUCCACGAUACCUACUGAUCGACAGGGGCGACGAGACGGCGUGUGACAAAGCACUGAAGCAGCUUCACAGCGCGGAGGACUGUCUCAAGGAGAAGGCGGACAUAGAGAAGGAGAGACUUGAUGCUCUUGAAGCGGAACGACAGAAACCCUGGGAACUGUUCAUGGAUAAGAGCCUCCGCUGGCAGCUUCUCACCAUCGUCGUCUUAAACAUGUUCCAUCAGCUAAAUGGCAUCAACGCAAUCUACUUUUAUGCAUCCUACGUGUUUGCAGAAGCAGGCAUUCCAGAAGAUCAGAUACUGUAUGUGACACUUGGCUGUGGACUAUGUGAAUUUUUCACUGCUGUCAUCGGUGGUGUCCUGGUUGAAUCUUUGGGCAGGAAAGCCCUCAUCAUUGGAGGAUAUUCGUUAAUGAGUCUCUGGUGUUUAGGUUUAACCCUGACUCUUACUUUCUCGAACGCAAGUCCUUGGGUGCCGUACCUCAGCAUGAUGUGUGUCUUUGCUUUCAUUCUCAGCUUUGGCUUGGGACCAGGUGGUGUGACUGGCACUUUGAACUCUGAGAUCUUCACCCAAACGGUGAGGCCGGCGGCGUGCAUGAUUGGCCUAUCAGUCAACUGGAUCAGUUUCUUCAUCAUCUCCAUAAUUUUCCCAUUUGUUGUGAGUGGAUUGAAGCAGUACUGUUUUCUUGUGUUCUUCGCGGUGUGUUUCAUCGUGACCGUCUACACGUUCUUCGUCGUCCCUGAGACCAAGAACAAAACCUUCCUGGAGAUCCAUGCCGAGUUCCAAUCCAGAGGCAAGAAGAAGGGGAGGCAGGGGGGGCACAUGCCCGUCUCACAGGAAGUGGAGAUGGCAACACCCAUGUGAACAGGCCUGUCACAACCAGAGAGGCAACUUAGGCUAUUGCCCAAGGCCCCCUGCUGAAAGGGGGGAAAGGGGAGCAAUGACCCUGGGCAAUGACUGGUUAUGUACUUUGUAUUCAAAUGACAGCAAUGGCAACUUUGUGAGUGAGGCAAAACCUCCCAGAAUUCAAUGACACAAAAGUGCAUUAAUAUCUAGCAUAAUAUGUAGCAUAAUAAUGCUAUCAACAUCUCUCCUGACGGGGGGCCUCUUCAAUAGUUUGAGGAGAAAAGGGGGGUCCCAAAUCCCUCUUUGUCUAGGGCUAACAAAUGCCUUGAACCAGCCCUGUCACAAACAGGGAAAGAUGCUUGGCAUGAAGGCUUUUAUUUUUUUUUAAUUAUAUUAUUUUGGGCUAAUUUUAUAUUGUUUUUUUGUUGUUUGAUUAUUAUCUCAGGCACCUCUACAGGCCAUGGAUAACCAAGCAUACAUAAAAUGAACCACGUUUAUUGGAAACAUUUAUACCUUUUGUUUUGUAACUUUAAAAAGUGAUCAGUGUGGGAGUGUGAUGCUGGGGCUGGCCAGUGGCCACCUCAUUAUCAGUCUCCCUAAUCUCAGUUGCCUUUGAACUUGUGAGACGCCGGCCCUACCGUGGCCAACUGGCAGGGCACUCGCCUGUCCUGCGGCUGACCUGGGUCCAAUUCUCAACCCGAGUCUCUUGCGGACCCCUCUCCGUCUCUCUCCCAAUUUGCUUCCUGUCCACCUCUCACACUGUCCUGUUAAAUGAAGUUGAAAAAGAUUUAAAAAUAUAUCUUUAAAAAAAAGAACUUAUGAGACGCCAUUCUCCAAUUGAACUUCCCUAAUUGGAUAACUGUUUGUCUAAGCACUUCUACAAACAAUUGUGUGUGCGCAUCUUUUCUCACAAGCAAACACUCCAGUAUAGGCCUAUCCUGGAGGCUGGUGUCAUUGUGCUGUAUAGUAAGUGAUUGGCCUGUUGUCUUUGCACCAAAGUGAAUGGAAACCAAAAAGGUUGGCGUCUGUCUGCUCUCUGUGCCUUAACUUUGAGCCGCAUAUUGCGAUACUAAACAUUUUUUUUU